AUGGCUGUGGAGGCUCUCACCCCGUGGCCCGGCAAUGGCAGCGGGGCCCUGUGCCCCGUGGACACCGCCUUUGCCCAGCGCUUCUUGCCCACCGUCUAUCUGGCAGUGAUCCCCCUGGGGCUGGCGGGGAACGGGCUGGGGCUGUGGCACCUCUGCACCGGGCCCCGGCGCGGCGCCCGCCAUCCCCUGGGCCUGCUGGUGGGCAACCUGGGCCUGGCCGACCUGCUGUACGUCAGCACGCUGCCCUUCCUCGUCAGCUACUACCUGCGGGGCAGAGUGUGGCUCUUCGGGCAGGGCUGGUGCCGGAUCACCCGGGGCCUCUUCCACCUCAACCUCUACGCCAGCAUCGGCUUCCUCACCUGCAUCAGCGUCCACCGCUACCUGGGCAUCGUGCACCCGCUGAAGGCACGGGGCAGGUGCCAGGGGGCCACCUCUUCGGCGUGGCUCAGCACGAUGGUCUGGGUGUGGGUCAUCGCGCAGGUAGCUCCCGAUUUCGCCUUCAGCAAGAUGGAUGACAUGGGGACGCGGUGCCACGACACGACGAGGCACGAGAACCUGGGCGUUUACUUGCCGUACACCGCAGCCAUCACCGUCACUGGGUUUGUCAUCCCGUUCCUCAUCAUCAUCGGAUGCUACUGCCACGUGGUGGUGGUGCUCUGCAGGAACGACACCGUGGACCCCAGCCUCAGGAGAAGAAGCAUCAGACUGGUGAUUCUCGUGAUGGUCCUAUUCUCCAUCUGCUUCCUCCCCUACCAUAUCUUCAGAAACCUCAACUUGUUGUCUCGAGGCUGGCAGCUGCAAGGAUCCUGCACACAGGCUUUAAAGAACAUCUACAUUUCCUACCAGGUGACCCGGGGCCUGGCCAGCUUCAACAGCGCCCUCAACCCCCUGCUCUACGUGAUGACCAGCGAAGACUGCAUGUCACGUAUGAGGACCAUCUACCAAAGAGCCAGCCAGUCCCUGGGGCCCACCUUCAGGAGGAAAACCUCUUGCCAGACAGAUGAGAAGAAGAUGAGCAUCAUUCUUUGUGAGGAGGAGGCUUCUGAUGAGCUCUGAGGUACCCAGCACCCCCUCCGAAAGAUGCACCACUUCAGUUUGCACUUGGCCCCUUCUUGGGAGCAGCCCCCCUACCUUGAUGCCUGUUUUGUAGAGAGAUGGUGACUGCAGCUUCACUGGCUCCAAUGUCACACAAGGGAUAAACAAGACUGCCAGCAUCAGAGAGCAAACUGGGACUAGGUUUUAGAGCAAAGCUACUCAACCCAACAAUUUUGCCUGCAGUACGCCUGGAGAUGGAAAAAGAUGAACGUUGUAUUUACUCCAGUCCCGAAGCAUUUCUCAGUCCAGCCUCCAGUGCAGCAGUCCGAGCUGGUUAACAUCCCCCUGGCGCCCCAGCCGCUCAUCGAGCUCUUCAGUGAAUGAGGGAUGGGGGUGAAUGAUGCCAUGUUCCCCCCGCUGCAUCUCCUCUCUCCCACUGGACAUGGGUUUGAGACAGGAUUCCCUCCUUCACCUAAGGAGAAGGCACUGGUAAUUAUAGACCUGCAUCGCAGGACAGCUGAGUGGGUAAAUUUUUGCAGGGGGGGAAGUCCUUUGGAAUAGAAAUACUCAUAAA